ACGGUGAAAAAUUUACUUUUACUCAAUCUCGGACUGUGCUACGCAUUGGCUUCGAUCGUCAUCCCAGCUUUAACAGGCAUUCGAAAUGAAUACAAUCGCAACGAACGUCUUUCGAUUUCACAAGAUCAGGCAUCUUGGUUAGGAAGUAUGGUUUUUCUUAUCCAACCAUUGGGGAGCAUUCUAUCGGCGGUAUUAACAGAUCCAUUGGGUCGAAUUAAAACGAUGAUCCUCGUGAACAUUCCUUUUGCAAUUGGAUGGUUUCUAAUGUACCGAGCCAGUGCUGUUUGGGAGAUUUUUGUUGGAAUGGGUCUGCAAGGACUGGCCAUUGGCUUGUUGGAAGCUCCCAUUUUAACCUAUCUCGGUGAAAUUUGCGAGCCGGCAACACGCUCAAUUUUACUUGGAUACACUUUGAUUACUUUCACAUUUGGAAUGUCCAUUAUAUUCGUGAUGAAUACAUUUAUGGCGUGGCGAAUGGUGGCCAUGAUUUGCUUUGGUUUGCCCUUUAUAACGGCGAUUGCACUUUGUUUCAUUCCCGAAACACCACAGUGGUUGUUAUCGAAAAAUCGUGUGGCCGAUGCUGAAAAGUCGCUUCGUUGGUUGCGCGGUUGGGUGUCAAGUGAAGUGAUCGCACAAGAAUUCCACGAUUUAAAGCGGCACAGUGAAAGUUUUAAAUCAUGCAACGAAUGUAUCAAACAAGAUGUAAAGUGUCCUCAUCCUCCGCCGACGAUGCGAGAGAAGCUCGCUGAAAUGAAGAGGAAACGUACGAUCAAACCAUUUGCGAUUGUUGUAAUUCUAUUCGCUCUGUCUCACAUGACCGGUGUGCUGACAAUGCGGCCAUACAUGGUGCAGGUUUUCAAAGCCUACGAAAGCCCGAUCGCACCAGAUCGAGCAGCGAUGAUCAUGAGUCUUCUCGACAACGUCGCACAACUAGCAUUCAUGUGUCUCGUUCAUUACACGGGCAAGAGAAAACUUUAUUUAAGCAUGGUAUUUGGUUUGGUGGUUUGCACACUUGUGAUCACUUCCUAUGGAUUUAUCUUCUUACCACAAGGUUUCAAUUCCUUCGAUUAUGCACAUCACUCAAAUUUUCGAGUGGAAUGCAAGGGUGUCAGCUAUAUUCCAUUGAUUUUCCUCUAUCUAUGGAGUUUCUUCUCGUUUUGUGGAUUCAACGGAAUGCCUUGGAUAUUACUAUCUGAAAUGUUCCCAUUUAAAUCUCGCGGCAUUGCAAGCGGUAUGGCAGCUGCUUUCUAUUACUUAUUGGGUUUCAUUGCCAAGAAAACAUAUUACGAUUUGGAAGUGUCAAUGUCACUGCCUGGCAUCACACUAUUCUACUGUAUUAUUUCUCUCUUUGGAUUGAUUUCAACGUACUACAUUUUACCCGAAACGGAAAAUCGCACGUUGGAAGAGAUUGAGUUGCAUUUUAUGGACAAUUCCAAAAAGAUCAUUGAUUGGAAAAUUGAAUCAAACACAGCAGAGCUAAACAAGAGGAAGAAUAACAAGAAUAAAUCUGGCUUUGACAACAGAGGCUUUGAGACGGAAUGCUCAAAAGUUUGAUCACCACAUUCAUUGGUAUAUUUUUCCGUUAAGUAAAGUUUAAGGUCCGA